CUUGCGAUUUUCGCAUUGUCUGGAAAUAUCGCUACAUGUAUCUCAGAAGCAACUGCUGAUACUGUGAUGUGUUGUCCGAAAGUGUUGUGGCAGUAUCUGUAUGCAGUGGUCCCCUGAGAAAGUGAAAGGUCUUGGAACUGCCAUCAUGGAUGACAAGAAAACUAACUGGAUUAAAAAAGAGGAAGCAAAUGAGUUUCUUGAUGAACCAUUAGGAGCGUCUUGGUUCACUGAUUGCAUCAAAGAGGAUCCUGGACUAAAUCUGGGGUGGGACGAAACCGAGAACAAUAAUUCUGUGAACACUUUACUGGAUGCCGUAUUGGAAGCGGAGAGAGAGUGCUGCCCACCACCUCUGCUGGUGCCCAAGGCAGAGCUGUUUCUUGAGGAUCCACAGGAAACAUCCUGCUCCACUGAUUUUAUCAAGGAGGAUCCGGAACUAAAUUUGGAAGAUGAUGAAAAUGAGACAAUUGUAAGCAUUCAUAUCUCUGGUUUAUUUCAUGUAGACCAAGGAAAAAAUUUUUGGUUAAUUGUUUAA